CAGCGCCAGCUAUUUUUCAUCCGCUUAAAGCGCCAGGAGGACGUAUGAUCAUUGGCAGCACCGGGCAACUUAGCGCCUAUUUAUGACUGUUAAUUUGUAAAAGUGCACGGCGGAGUUCUUCUCUGUGCUCCUAUUUACCUAAAUAAUGUGAAGUUAUCCAUAUUUGUAUCCCUCCCUCGAGAAAAGGCACAACUCCUGCUCUCUCUGCAGUUCACUCCAAAAAAAACUCACUAGAGCUGUCAUCACGUCGCUGCAAGGUUUAUCAAUGUGGUUGGAUGCAUGGGUUUGACUGCAGAGUGAGCUGGUGACCUUGUUGACUAGAAACUCUCACACUUCAGGACCAUGAACAUGGCACUGACCUGGCUCCAGUCUCACCUGCCCUGUGCUAACCCAACCUGUAUGACCAGUAUCAACCAUCCGCACACUUCCAGGAAAGUUUGCUGAACAGGACUGUGGAGAGAGAUGCUGUCUGGGACUUGGAGGCGUUCUGUGAGGCAUCAGCAGUCUUCUGCAGCACCUGUGGUGAGCCCCAGGGGCAUGACAGUGUGUGGUGUCCCUAGUGGUACAGUGGUCCUCGAGGCCCAGUAUGACUACAACUACCGUGGCGCUGAUGGACGGCAGGUCUGCAUCAGGGAGGGCGAACGGUUUGUUCUCCUGAAAAAGACCAACAGUGACUGGUGGCAGGUGCGGCGGAUUGGAGCGGCCAGUAAAACAAAGCCACUGUAUGUUCCUGCCACGUAUGUGACAGAGGUGCCUAUUGCACCGAUGCCCUCGCCGCAGCGCCUGGUUGUGUCUGCCUCGCUGAACUCCAACCUCAGGAUACUGCCGAGGGUGUCACUCUCUCCCACCCCUAAACAGACCACCUAUAAUGAGCAGAGUCAAGUGAACAAACCCAUCUUCCGCUCCAUGGAAAACCUCAACUCCAGCAGUGCCUUCCAGGGGCAGGAGGACAAUGCCAGCAUGGGCGGAGGCCGCUUCCCCACCCUGCCCCUCUGGUCUGGUUUCACCUUUACCCCCAACUCACCCACCUCUCCAUCAGGCCACCUCAUGGUCCCUGGGUCCCCCGCAUCUUCCACAUCAUCACAGACUGGGCCACACAACCCCAGGGUGGUCCCCAUGAUCACUCGGAGCCAGAGCUCCAGCAACCUGUCUGAAAACGUGAACGAGAACCCAUACGAUGAGGUGGGUGGCGGCUUCAGCAGCCACACCAACCACAGGGUGCCCAAGAAGUCUUGUAGCCAGUGGGACAUGGUGGGAGCCUCUGGCAAGAACAACCAUCUGCAGGUCCCAACAGAGUCCUAUCUGUCCCAGCUGUCCUGGCAGGACUCUCCUCUUUACACUGAAAUGCAGCCAGGGAAACGCCUGUCGCAGCCGGAGCCGCCCUGCCCUGCCCCAGGUCAGCAGCCUCUUCAGGUCAUGGACAUGUGGGAGCAGUACACGGACCUGACAACGGGGAGAUACUUCUAUGUCAACAGCAUCACCAAGGAGAGGUCCUGGAAACCGCCUCGCCGGUCACGUGGACGCACCCCCAACAAGGCCGAUCCAGUACAACCACAGACGUUACCCAGAGAAACCAGCCAUCUGUCGCUGCCACUUCCUGAAACUGGCAAUGGAACAAUGCACAAGCUGUCACCUGAUUUUGUCUUUGGGAGCCACCAGAGGAAUAAUGACAGUGGCUGGCAGAUGAAACAGAGCAUGCAGCGUGCCGCCUCCUCUGACACCCUGAGCACGAUGUCGUUCAGCAAUGCCGAUGCCCAGUGCCAUAACUCUGCUGCCCUGCAUGACGCCAAGCAGCCGCUCAGCCACUCCCAGUCUAUGAUCCUGCCUGAGAACGGCAAGCUUGUCCAGCAGCGCAGAGAUUACUCCUGUAAUGUGACCAAUAUUGUCGUGGAGCCUCCGUCUCCUGAGAGCUCUCCAGACAGCGAUGGCUGCACACCGGAGCUGGAGAAAGCCGGCCUCUUGAACAAAACGAAGAUUGCAGAAGGAGGCCGGAAACUGAGGAAAAACUGGAGCCCCUCCUGGGUGGUAUUGGUCGGGAACAGUCUUGUUUUCUUCAAAGAUCCUAAAUCACAGACACCUUCCAGCUGGAAGCCAGGUAACAGUCGCCCUGAGAGCAGUGUGGAUUUAAGAGGAGCAAAGCUGCAGUGGGCCAACGACCUGUCCAGCAAGAAGAACGUCUUCAAGCUGAGAACAGUUACAGGCAAUGAGUUCCUGCUGCAGUCGGAGACAGACUCCCUGAUCAAAGAGUGGUACACCACCAUUAAGAGCGUCAUCGACCGGCUGGACCGUGAAAACCCGUUAGACAACGUCCUUCUGUACUCUCUGAGGCGAGCGGGCAGCGCGGAGAUGCUGGACCACAGUGGAGACGAGGAUGAAAGGAGAACGUCACUCCCCCGUUCAACGUCCAACCUGGAGAACACGGAGAGGAAGCGAGUGAAGACUCGGCUGAAGAAGCUGAUCCUAAAGAGACCGCCUCUGCAGGCGCUGCAGGAGAAAGGGCUCAUUAAAGAUCAGGUGUUUGGCUGUCGUCUGGAGAUGCUCUGUGAGAGAGAGAGGAGCACCGUCCCUCGCUUCGUCAGACUUUGUACUGACGCCGUGGAGAGGAGAGGACUGGACACUGACGGCAUCUACAGAGUAUCAGGGAACCUGGCAGUGAUUCAGAAACUACGCUUCCUGGUGGACCACGAGCGAGCGGUGACUACAGACGGCCGUUACAUGUUCCCGGCAGAUUUGGUACAAGAGGAGAAGCUGAAUUUGGACGAGAGUGAUUGGGAGGACAUUCAUGUCAUCACAGGAGCUUUGAAACUUUUCUUUCGUGAGCUUCCUGAGCCCCUCGUGCCCUUCGGCUUCUUCACCGACAUCGUGGAGACAGUCAAGAUGUCGGACUACAUGGACAAAGUGGAUCGUCUGAAGUGUCUGGUGCUCAACAUGCCUCCUCCAAACCAUGACACUCUGCGGUUCAUGUGUCGCCAUCUCAAACGAGUGUUGGAGCGCUCAGAUACAAACCGAAUGACCACCCAGAACAUCGGCAUCGUGUUUGGCCCGACCCUGAUGCGUCCAGAGCGGGACAACGGCAACAUGGCGGUGAAUAUGGUUUACCAGAACCAGGCGGUGGAGCUCAUCCUUAGCGAGUUUGACCACAUCUUUGGAACACGGGGCCCCUCUUGAUCUUUUCGGACAGAGGAGGCGGGGAGAGGGGGGAUUCCGAAAAGCUCCUCCAGAUCAGAAGAAAGCACAAGUAGUGCAGCGUUUGUCCUCUUUGCCUGUUGACUCAUGUGGUGUAAAAUGGGUUUCACAUCGAAAGAUAAUUAUGGGGUAAAAAGAACCAGGACAGAAAGCUGCUAAUCAUGACAUCUGGCCUCCAUAUAGAGCCACGCUAAAACAAUAAUAGUAAAACAAACCAAUUUUAGCUGCAAUACUUGUGUCUUUGACUGCAGAUGUGGAGUGCAGCCUCAGUGUUCCUUACUGCUGGAGCGGACGCCUACCUUGUCACUUUUCCUUGAUGUUUCAGACUCAAUCGGGAUAAAUAAAAGCCAUAAAAGUGAUAAAUCUCCUCCAGCUAGCUGACGAUUAACCGGUUAUUUAUCAAGGAUUGUGAGAAAGGUUGUGUCUUAACGUAGCACUGAAACUUAGCAGAACCAUCUCACUGUGAAAAACACAUGCACCAGCACCUCUUGCAGCAAAGGAUGGACAGAUCACACCUGCAGUGGAAAGCAGAAGAUAUACUGUAAAAUAUGCAAACAAGCAGGAAGCUAGCUGGGCGUGUAAAUGUGCCCGUGUCCCUGCUGAAGUUAUACAGUGUUUGGAUGAAGAGUUUUUAUGUUAAUGUCAUACUUCAGAGGUGAAGUGUGACUCUUCAAAGCAUGAUUUCAGCGAUGGGGUGAAUGUGCCAACAGGGCAGCAAAUGUUCCUUCGUACCAAAUAGUACUUUGUAGUGUGUGUGUGUGUGUGUGUGGACCUUUGAACCUUCCCUUAUUGUACAAAUUUGGAUCUGUCUUCUAUUUUUAUUAGUUCAAACUCCUCAGAUUAAGUUAAAAAAAAAUAUUGUAAAUAUGUGAAAUACCGUCUUUGUCAACUAGCAGCACUUUGCAUACAGUGUUUACCCUAAAUAUGAUAUAUUAGCCAAAUUCAAACUGAUACGUUUGCUUUGAAAUGAAGAGUUUGUCGUUAUAAUAUUGACUGGACCUGAUUGUUAACUCUCCUGCAAUAAAAAAAGAAGAGAAAAAGUGAACUGAUUUGAUCUUUUUUGGUGACAUUUAGUCAGGAUGUGUGUACGUGUCAGGUUGUUUGUACCGAGCGUGGGGCUCGCGUGAGAGAUAGUGGAAGUGUGUGGAGGUAUGUGAGGCCUCAGAGGCGCAGCGGGUGGAGGCAUCCCCUGUGAUUGGUGCAAAUGCUGCUUUUAAUAACAGAACAAAAGAGGAACUGGAAAUGCAUAUGUUUAAAAAAUGUGGAUUUUCCCCCAAAACCCUCUCACUCUCUC